AUGCCAGAGCGGACUGCCCGAAAACUUGUGGCCCUAGGCAAGAUCAAAAUAGGGUGGACUGUCUGCCGGAUCCGGGAGAGGGUCGCGGUAGAUCGGUGCCACCGGUGCCAGGGGUACGGAUACCACGCGACGCAGUGCCUUGGACCCGACAACUCCAACGCCUGUAGGAAGUCCGACCUGCUGACCCAGACCGCUGCCGCUCAAAGGGCCGAGAUUCUGAUAGUCUCGGAACCCAGCAGCGCGGGGAAGCAGGGAAGCUGGCUGGUGGACCGGAGGGGGGACGCGGCAAUAGCGGCGACGAACAACCUCCCGGGCACCCUCACGCUGGAGGCAAGAGGGGAGGGGUUCGUCUGGGCGAGAACGAGUGGCUUAACAAUCUUUAGCUGCUAUUUCUCGCCCAACGUCGCGUCCGGAGACUUCGAAGCCCAGCUGGAUAGCCUGGAGGCCAGCAUCCGGACAACAAGAGGCAGGAUCAUCGUGGCUGGGGACUUCAACGCGAAGUCCCCGAGCUGGGGGUCCUCGAAGCUGGACGCGAGGGGCCAAGCCGUUGCCGAACUCCUGGCAAGGCUACACCUCCUCCCGAUCAACGUUGGCGCAGAGCCAACCUGGUAUCGGGAGAGCACGGGAUCAAGGUCAGUGAUUGACAUCAUGACGGGGAAACCGGAAGUCGUAACCGAAGUACAGGGGUGGCGGGUCCUGGAGGACGAAACCCUCAGUGACCACCGCUACCUCUUUAUGAGCUGGGUACCAGAGAAGAGGUAA